GUAUUGAUCAUUUAUUUGAUUGACACCCUUAAAAAUACUAAAGAUUUCCAAGAUUUAACACACAUGAUCAUUUAAAACACUUUUAAAGUUGUCACGAGCAUAAAUGUGUACUGUCACUUUAAAUGUUGUUUGUCUCCUGACUUCACAAGUGAAAGUAAAACUAUUCAACCAGGAUCCAUUUUGAGAUCUAAGCUGAAAGGUUUGUGAGAAGAGAAAACUUUAACAACAUUAAGUACAUAUAAUAAAAACGAAGAGUUAUUAGUUAAAUGAUGUGAGUUGAUGAUAUUGUACUAGUGAGGAUCGGGAAGAUCAACGGCUCGACACAGUUUAUUCACAGAUAUAAACAACUGAACUUCUGUCAUGAGCUUCAGAAAGAGAAAGAGUCUCUCUGGAGAAACAGACACAAACACAAUGAACAUUUUGAUUGAUAGAGAAUCUGCUGAAUCCAGCUGUGUGUCUAUGAAGAGUGAUCAUUCAAUGAAUAAUCCACCUGUGUUCAGUUCAGGAGACUCUGGUGCAGAUGUGAGUAACACAAGAGAUGAAUCAAAGUCCUUCAAAGGGAAGCAGCUGGAUUCAGUUUUUCAGGAUCUUGAAGACAAAAUCAUCUCUCUGAUGAAGAAAGAGCUGAAGAUCUUCAAGAAUCUACUGAGCUCAGAUUACCCAGCAUGCUCUGAGAGAGAGGAGGAGGAGGAUGAAGAUCAGAUCAGAGUCAGAGAGGAGCUUCUGAAGAUCACACUGCACGUCCUGAAGAAGAUGAACCAGACAAACCUCGCUGAUAAACUACAGACCAAACUUUUACAUUUGUGUGUGAAAAAACACAAAUCCAGACUAAAUGAGAAAUUCCAGAGAAUAAAUGAAGGAAUAUCAAGUCAAGGAAACUCAAGACUUGUGAAUGAGAUCUACACAGAGCUGUACAUCACAGAGGGAGGGAGUGAAGAACUCAAUAAUGAACAUGAGGUGAGACAGAUUGAGACAACAUCCAGAAGAUCAGAGACACAAGAAACACCAAUCAAAUGUAAUGACAUCUUUAAAGCUUUACCUGGACAAGACAAACACAUCAGAACUGUGCUGACUAAAGGAGUUGCUGGAAUUGGAAAAACCGUCUCUGUACAGAAGUUCAUUCUGGACUGGAGUGAAGGAAAAGCAAAUCAGGAUCUUCACUUCAUAUUUCCACUUCCAUUCAGAGAACUGAAUCUGAUGAAGAACACAAAUAUCAGUCUGAUUGAUCUUCUUCAUCAGUUCUUCAUAGAUACAAAAGAACUGAGAUCAAGAGACUUUGAUGUCAAUAAAGUUGUGUUUAUCUUUGAUGGUCUGGAUGAGUGUCGACUUCCUCUAGAUUUCUCAAACAAUCAGAGUUUGUUUGAUGUAAGAGAAAAAGCUUCAGUGGAUGUGCUGUUGACAAACCUCAUCAAGGGGAAUCUGCUUCCUUCUGCUCUGAUCUGGAUAACAUCACGACCAGCGGCAGCCAAUCAGAUUCCUCCUGACUGUUUCCAUCAGAUCACAGAUGUACGAGGAUUCAAUGAUCCUCAGAAGGAUGAGUAUUUCAUCAAGAGAAUAAAUGAUGAGAGUUUGUCCAACAGAAUCAUCAAACACAUCAAAUCAUCCAGGAGUUUGUACAUCAUGUGUCACAUCCCAGUCUUCUGUUGGAUUACAGCCACUGUUCUAGAGAGAAUGUUGAGUGAAUCAGAGAGUCAAGUAGAGAUCCCCAAGACUCUCACUCAAAUGUUCACACUCUUCCUGAUCUUUCAGACCAAACUGAAGAGUCAGAAGUAUGAUGGGAAAUGUGAGGUAGAUCUUCAACAGAUUAGAAAGUUUCUUCUGUCACUGGGAAAACUGGCUUUUCAACAGCUGGAGAAAGGGAAUCUGAUCUUCUAUGAGGAGGAUCUGAGAGAGUGUGACAUUGAUGUAAGAGAAGCUUCAGUGUACUCAGGAGUUUGUACUCAGAUCUUCAGAGAGGAGUUUGGACUGAACCUGGGGAAGGUCUACAGCUUUGUGCAUCUGAGCAUUCAGGAGUUUCUCGCUGCUAUAUUUCAGUUUCUUUCAUUUUCUCAACAAAUAUCAGGAUCAACUAUGAGUGAUUUACUGAAGAGUGAAGUGGACAAAGCCUUACAGAGUGAGAACGGACACCUGGACCUUUACCUCCGAUUCCUUCUGGGUCUCUCACUGGAGUCCAAUCAGAUGAUCUUACGAGAUCUACUGACACAGACAGGAAGAAGAUCUGACAGCAGACAGGAAAUAGUUGAGUACAUUAAGAUGAAGAUUAGAGAAAAUCAAUCUCCAGAGAAAUCCAUCAAUCUUUUUCACUGUCUGAAUGAACUGAAUGAUCAAUCUCUAGUGAACGAGAUACAAACAUAUCUGAACAGAAAAGAUUCUUGUUGUCUUUAUGGAGUCAAACUCUCUCCCUCUCAGUGGUCGGCUGUGGUGUUUGUGUUACUGAACUCAGAUCAGAAGCUGGAUGAGUUUAUGCUGAGUAAUUAUGAUCCAUCAGAUGAAUGUCUUCAGAGGCUGCUGCCAGUGAUCAAAGCAUCCAGAAAAGCUAAUCUGAUGAGCUGUAAUCUGACAGAGAAAAGUUGUUCAUCAUUGAGUUCAGUUCUCAUCUCAAACUCCUCAAGUCUGACAGAACUGAACCUGAGUAACAAUAAACUGCAUGAUUCAGGAGUGAAGCUUCUCUCUGAUGGACUGAAGAAUACAAACUAUAAACUGAAGAUAUUAAAUCUGAUGACCUGUAAUCUGACAGAAAAAAGUUGUUCAUCAUUGAGUUCAGUUCUCAUCUCAAACUCAUCAAGUCUGACAGAACUGAACCUGAGUCACAAUAAACUGCAGGAUUCAGGAGUGAAGCUUCUCUCUGAUGGACUGAAGAAUACAAACUGUAAACUGAAGAUAUUACAUCUGAUGAGCUGUAAUCUGACAGAGAAAAGUUGUUCAUCAUUGAGUUCAGUUCUCAUCUCAAACUCAUCAAGUCUGACAGAACUGAACCUGAGUGGAAAUAAACUGCAGGAUUUAGGAGUGAAGCUUCUCUCUGAUGGACUGAAGAAUACAAACUGUAAACUCAAGAUAUUACAUCUGUGGCAGUGUUAUCUGACAGAGAAAAGUUGUUCAUCAUUGAGUUCAGUUCUCAUCUCAAACUCCUCAAGUCUGACAGAACUGAACCUGAGUCUCAAUGAACUGCAGGAUUCAGGAGUGAAGCUUCUCUCUGAUGGACUGAAGAAUACAAACUGUAAACUGAAGAUAUUACAUCUGAUGUCCUGCAGAAUUGGAGAUGAAGGUUUUGUUGCUUUGGCUUCAGCUCUGAGAUCAAACCCAUCACACCUGACUGAACUCAAUCUGAAGUUUAAUAAUCCAGGAGAUUCAGGAGUGAAGCUGAUCUCUGAUCUACUGAAGGAUCCACACUGUAAACUACACAAACUACAUAUUUAGUCUCGACUGUAUCAAUAAUCUACAAGAGCUACAGAUGACAAAUCAAACAACAGACUUCAUUUAUAAAGUAGAAGAUCUGCUUACUGCCUCCUACUGGACAAACAUCAGCAGUGAGACAUCAGAGCUCAACAUGAGAGACGUCUGUUAGAGUUAAACAAACAAACAUGUGGAUGAAGAUCUGCAUUCAUAAUCCAGCAGAAGAGUUUAAUGAAGUUCAAUGAUGUUUGUGUUUGUGGAUGUGAUUCUUAUCAUACCUGUCAACACUCCCGUUUUUAACAGGAGUCUCCAAUAUUUCACUAGCCUGGCUACGCCCUGCUACGCACUUUUGCUCACUUUCAUUUUCCUUCAGUACUACAUCUGGGAUUUCGAUCUAUUCUAGCGUUUUGAGAAAUCAAAUUUUUGUAGGACCAAUCAGCGAACAGAGGGAGUGGCUGAAAACGAUGAUCUGCCAUAGCCAAUCGCUAACGUGUGGUCAGCGCAUGAUAUACAUAACGACCACACUUAGCGAUUGGCUGGCAGAUCCUGAGUGACUCUGGGCAGAUCCAAUAGUGUUGGACUUUAACAGAGAACCCGCCUACAAGGAAGUAAACGUUUCUCAAUGGAGAGAGGCCAGACUCUCUGUACAAAUGAAAUGUAGGAGAGUCUGGUAGGACCAGGCUAGUAUUUCACCCCCCUCACAGGAAUUACCUUUCACAACUAAGGCUGAACAGUUGUUUCUGGUUGUGUUAGAUCAGUGGUUCCCAAACUUUUUCAGCGUGCGGCCACCCUUCUGUACAGUGCAUUUUUUCGCGGCCCCCCGAAAGAAAAUUUAUGACAAACAGUUUUAAAAUGUAAUAUUUUAAUUAAACAAAACAUAUAAAAUUAUACCUAGUAGUGCUGUUGGUUAGUUGGCUUAUUAUUUUUUAGUUUUAAUUACACAGAAUUCAUGAUAAAUGACCAUCUCGCAGCCCCCAGUUUGAAAACCACUGUGUUAGAUCAUUAGGAAGCAGACUAUUAGCUAGAGAUAUCGCUAUUUAUCUAUGAAUGAUGAUACUUAAAGUGCACCUAUUUUCUACACAUUAUUUUCCACAUACGGUAUAUUUUGUAGCUCCAGAUUUCCCUCUCUUCCUGAAACACACAGAUUUUGUACAAAACUCAUCGAUUUGAAAAGCACUGUGUCCCUGAUUGACCAGCUAAUCUGUACGUUGUGAUUAGCCUGAAUACCUAGACAUCAUUCCUCAAAUAAUCCUUAUGUUGUUAAUUGCUGCUUUACAUGCAAUAUUAUAAAGCUGUGAUAAAAUACCCUGGUAACCCCACGGUUCAGACCACAUUACAUAGCUUAAAGGCGGGGUGCAUGAUCUCUGAAAGCCAAUGUUGAUAUUUGUAAAGAGAACAAAUAAAGGUAGGAUUUUUUGUAUGAAAGUGGAGGGUCUGUUCUUUUAUUUGAUAUAUUGUAUGUUUAUAUAUUUAUAAGAUUUUUUUCUGGAAGGCAUUCAACUUUGUGAAAAUUAUAAGAGAUCCUGGCGUUAAAGAGUUAAGCAUGCUUCCAAACAUAUCUGAUCUACACUUCAACAGUUGCACAAUAUAAAUGUUAAUGUAUAAGUUAGAUGAAUGUUAAUUUAUGAAAAUAAACACCAAUCUUUAAUCAUAUUUUCAUUGUGUCUU